ACCAGAUGAGCGUUGACAGCAGAGACCACUGGAUUUACUGUUCAAGAGAAAUCAAAGCCAGGCUGUUGUCGAGUUAGACAUGUCCAUUACAACCUGUCAGAAGGUUACUUUGAUAUCAUGCUCGGUGCUCUGUGUGUCUCUUUUCUUGCCCAGGAUGCUUUUACCUAGAGCCAAAAAGGAGAUGGGACAACCACCGGUUGGCCCUGGAUUCCGUCCGCCAGGGAUGCAUCCGGUGUCAUUGGCCGAUGACCCGCAACAGUGGGAUGCAGAUCUGUUCCACUCCAUGACAUACAGCGCUGAGGCCACUGCCAAAGCCAGAAGCAUUGGACGUGGUAAAAAAUACAACUUGAUGACUCAAGUCAUACCCAUAUAUGGAUUUGGAAUUCUUCUUUACAUCCUCUAUAUAAUCUACAAGUUGACCUGCAAGGACAAGAAUACUACAAAAUCAAGGCAGUACAGUACAACUAUGAGCAUGGAGAGGAAUAUUGUAAGUGGCUGUGUUGACGAUGAGCUUGCCAGACUACAGGAGCAACUACUUCAGUCAGAAAGGAACUUGGCGAGGAUUGUCUCAGGAAAUACUUGUGCUUCUGGGAGUGGAAGACGCAGGAAAAGUAAGUCGACUCCAACAAAGAAGGAAGAGAAACUCCUCAGGCAGCUGAAGCAGAUCGCAAAUCUAAUGCAAGAGGGCCGCGUGGAGGGUGCCUCCCCAGAGAUGGAGGCAGAGGAAGUUCCUUACAGUCCAGACUGGGAAGGCUUCCCAGAAGAGACCUACCGUGAGUACAAAGUACCCGAUUAUAAAUGUGAAUUAGACAGUGUGGCUUCGGAGGAGCCUGUCACCCAGCCCACUGCGGAGGCCUUGGCAGAGCGAAUGGAACAAGAGGAGGAAGAGGUUGGAGCAAGGAAACUAUCCACAGUACAAGAGGAGGAUGAAGACGAAAAGGAGGAAGGUGAGGAUGGGGAAGAUGUUUACGAAGAUCUGGAGGAGGAAGAAGAAGAGGAAGAGGAGGAGGAGAUAGCAGAGGAGGAGGAGGAGCAGGAAGAGGAGGAGGAAGCAGAAGCUGAAAAACAACUUUUGCUGGUUCCCCUUACCUCCCAGGCAACUACAAAUACACAGUGUGAGAGAUUAGGUCUGCAAGUACACAAUGACCUACAAGGUCAAAAAAGAGGGAGGAAGCAUAUUAGUUUUAAUGACCACAGAAAUGUAUUUCACUACCCAAAAGAAGAUACCUUUGAGGAGGAGGUGGAGAAGGAAGAAGAGGAGGAGGAGGCGGAGGAGGAGGUGGAAGAAAAUGAGGAUGAUGAUGUGGAUGAAGAUAAUGGUACAGAGAUAGAAGAGGAGGAGGAAGCUGAUGAGGAAGAUCCAGUGACAGAGGCGGAGAGACUUCAGUUUCGUUGUACAGAAUGUCCCAACACUGAGGAGGAGGCAGAGAAGGAAGAAACAGAAUAUUUGUCAAUGUUAGUUUUUGCAGAGAGUGACAGUAAUGUCAUCAGAGACUUUCCCAACGAGUUCAGUGGGCUGAGGAUGCGAAACAGGAGGGAGACGUAAAGUAUUUCCCUUCAAAUUAGUCUGAGCCAUUUGCCGUUAUUCAUUUGUAAAUGGAUACAUUAUAUCCAUUUAUAUGGAUAUCUUCCUCUAUUGACCAAUUGAAAUCAAGAUUAAUUUUAUAAAUUGUUUGGCACUCUUUUAAGGAAAAAAAAAAUACGAGGUAACAGAAAUUACUUGAAUCAGACAAAAAGUAAUCCAAAGUGAACCAAUGGAAACCAGACAUUGCUGUUUAGUGUUAUGGUGUGUACACUAAAUAUGGACCAGUGGAAGAAAAGAAGAUACUGUAGUUGUCUCAGGAAAUUAGAAAAUUAUAGUCAACCAAAUUUAAGGUAAAGCCUACAAGAGCAUCUCCGGACAGCUUGGUGUUCCUGUAACUAUAGCUGCACAUAUUUUUGAGAAAUGUAAAGCUCAACUGAGAAGUAAUUUUAGGAUAGUCCAAAAGAAAUAUUUCUAUGUCACAAAUAAAGUAAAGAAACCAAAUACAUUAAAGCAUGAAAAUAUCGUUUGUAUUUCGUAAAUUCGACAAAGUAAUAGUUUUUCCGAAGUGAGAACAUGAUAAGCGACAAACCCGGAAGUGAACGGCUCGACAUGGAGUGGUUCUGAGAAUCAUCGUGAGUGGAAGAACGGUCAGCUACAUAUAUAGGCUGCGGUGAUUAGCCUUGCAUUAUUCUUUGCAAUUCGAUACUGUGCUGUGCUGUAAAUUGCACACAAUGGGAUUACCUACUUGGUCCAUGUAUUCCCGCAAGCAUGUUAUAGUGGGUUGGUUUCCUCCAUUGUCAUUGCUCAGAUAGUUCUGUUGCACUAUUGGCCACACCGCAAAUGAUAUCGGCAGCAUUGUUAGUUGUUAAACCAUUAUGGAGGAUUCCCUCCAUGCACUCAUAGUUUGAAUGUUUUCGUGCAGCAUUACAUUCUUGUACGCCUUUAGUACUUUGAAUCGAAUGUUUUCAAAAACAACAGUCAGAGUUAUUAAUUGAUUGAUUCACCCACCUUUUUUUGCAAAUUCGGUUGAGAAAACAGAGGUCUUUGACACCGGCAUGAAAUUGAUUCACUUUCUGAGAAUGCAACUGUAUCUUUCUAAUGUAUUUGCCCUAUUUUUUUCUUUUGGAUACUCAAACAACUGUUUGCCUGAAAGUUAACAGUUCAUCGCCACGCAGCGCUGAGGCAUUUCGCCGAAUAACACGAUAACAAUGGCAAAGAAAGGUUAACGGGACAAUCGACAACGCAGUGCAAUGCUGACUGGUAUUUGGCAUUCUGUAAAUGACGUCAGAAUCAGGAGGAUUCAAGUUAUCUCUUUGACCAAUUUCAUCCUCAGAAGGGUGCCAGCAAUUGUGUCCACAUGUGUAUGUUAUUUUAGGGUUGGGUAAGAAAAGGCAUGUCCACCUCCCGGCCUGGAGGGCCACUAUCCUGCCUGUUUUCCAUCUCCACCGUCAGCGACGCACCUGAUUCAGACAAUCAGCUCAUCAGCCAGCACUGAAGCAGCAUUAGAACGAUCCUGAUUAUUUGAAUCAGGUGUGUUGCUCCUGGGAGAGCUGGAAAACAGGCAGGACAGUGGCCCUUGAGGACUGACUUUGGACACCCCUGGGUUAGAAGUAAGAGGUUGGGAAGAUUACCAUAACCAAGAUUUACCUCCAACUAAUACAGUACUAUAUUUGUUUUACAUGUAGAGGUAGGUUCAGUGGCUUUGUGUAAUCUUGGGAUGUGGUACAGGUUGUUAGAGCUAAAAGGCUCCAGCCUCCAUUUUCUUUUGGGGGCGGGGUGGAUUUUGCCAAGUUUUUGUGAUGGAAUGUCAUAAUUUGCAAAAAUUCACAAAGGUUUUUUUUUUCAACCAUGUCACCUUUCGGUAUGGCUGUCAGACUCAAGGCCUGGGGGCUAGAUCUGGCCGCCCCAUCAUUUUAUGUGGCCCAUGAAAGCAAAUCAAAAGUACAAAAUUGUGAAAUUGCUUUCACUUUUAAAAACAUUGUGAUGUUGUUUUGUUCCCAAGCCCUCUUUUAAAAUAAAUUCAAUUUGAAUGUUUUUUUUUUACUGGUCUGAUUUCCAAGUUAUCCAUCAAUUUGUUGCGUAUAUGUAGUAUAAGCUAAUCAUUCACAGCCAUAACGGCCCUAUGAAGGAAACUACGAUAUGGCUUGCCUCAAAGAUGACUUUGACAACAUAAGGUGUUCUGUAGCAUUCCAAAAUCCAAAUGCUAAUAAAGCAUAAUGAGUUGAGCAUAGAACCUUAAUCAACUAAUUCUAUUAUUUAAACAUAGCUUAAUGAUUAGGGCAACGUUUUCCCUAUUUUAAGAGCACAAACAUAAACAUACUCAGGUUUUAUUCGUUCACCUUUGUUGUAAUUUUCCAAGAGUGCCUAUACCAUCACACAAGUCAGACAUACGGCAUUCACUGUACGUCGUCACGAGCACUAAAAACAGAAAGUGAGAGAAGCAGGGGGAUCCGAACAUGUACCAAAAAGCAGACUUCACAGCAAAGUAUCAACAGUUUUGAAAUAGAAAUCCAAAAUGUUGGAACACAACUAAGUACAAGAAUAGCACAUCUGAUAAAGAGUUCCUCAUGAUCCACAGAAACAAUUGUGGCAUCAGAAAUUGUUCUUUGCCUUCAUCAUGAUAUUUUUUUGACAAUGAUAAAGUACAAAAUUGUUGAGAAAGUAAGCUCGCCCAGUCAGGCGCUUCUGCACUAAAUAUAUAUAUAUAUAUAUAUAAACUACAUUUUAGAUGAGGAACAUACCCGACUGCCAUAUCAGGGGAGUAUAAAAAUAUCCCAAAGACAAAGAUAGAUGCAAUAUGCAAGCAUUGAGGCUGUGUCAAAUCCAUGUCCUCCGUAAUAUUUCCAAGGGAUUUCAGACAUUGUGCCAAGUACAAUGUUACAUUUGAGGGAAAUGUAAUAUGUCCUUGAGAAAAUAAGCUCUAACCACGUCAUCAUGGAAUUGAUUCUUCUAUUUGGGCUUUUCGUCAUGUUUUUUUUUUUUUUUUUGUUUGAUUCAUGAAAACCAGCUUUGCACCCACCUACAGUUUAUGACCGUAACUCAUCAAGUGCAGGUAAAGGUGGCAAGAACAGCAGAGAGCUCACGUUACAGCCAAAGCGCCACAUUGCAGUUAGUGUUCAAAGGCACAAAAACUCAUUUACAGCAAUCUCAUCCACUACUGGCUUUAAAUUAAAGUGCACCAUUAUUCUAUACAUUCACAUAUGUGACCCAAGACACAAAAUUGUACGGUACACAGCACAGUGUAACAUGCCUUUGCCCUGCUCAGAUCCAUUAGUUUUAUGUGGAUGCUUUGUCUUUGAUGUGCUUGCAGCUCUGCAGAGCCAAAACUGUCCAGAGAACAAAACAUGUAAUAAAUACAUAAAUAACAAAAUAAAUAGCUUUUGACAUGCAUGUUAAUCUUGGAACCGUGUAAGUAUUCAUGCUUGUAGAUGUUUUUUUUUUUAUUAUUUUAACCUUGGGUUGUUUUAGUGACAGGUACAUAAAAUGUAGCCAACUCCAAAAAUGUACAAAUAUGCAAUUAUUAGUCACAUCAGUCACAAUGUUAAGCUGCUCUAGCUUGUACAUAUUAGGAACAGUGGCACACUUCAACUUCAAAAUGUUUACAAAACACAUUGAUUUCAUUGUCUUAAAAGUGGGCAACUCUUUGUGCUUGAUGCCCCACCCCCCCCCACCCACACUCACACACCCACACACACACACAAACAAUCUCUCACAUACAGGGAAAUGGUGGUUUUGGAGUUUGGACCAGCCGCAGUGUUACAUGAACAGCCCUUGAUGAGACCAUACAUGGACGAGAUGGCCUUAUUUAGGCUACCGUCUAUUCGCAGGCUAACUUGCUGUCAAAGCUGGAGAGGGCGAUGGCAAAGGCUUGAAGGGCACACAUUGGGUAGUUAUAGUCCAUGGUGAAGACGUCCUCUGCCACACGGCCAAACUGCAUCACAAUGUAGUCAGCUGAAAUGAUGGAUGAAGAUGGGAAAUAAGAACCUGAAAUUGUUGCAAUUUUGUGUAAAAGGCCCAGAGCCAUUAAAAGUCGUAACAGGAAAACACGUACUGUAAUAAAGAAUGAAUGUGAAGACCGUACAGUAUUCAAUGUUCUUUUCUAUCACAGGGGUUACUUACUUGGUGCCCAAGGACGACGAUGGGCCUGUGGGCCAGUUCACCUAUUUUAGAAUUGAUUAUCCCAUCAAUUACUCCAUCGAUUACUCUGGAGUAAUCCAGACGGGGUUACUCUGGAGUCACCAUGUACUCCAUUUCAAGUCAGAAAUUUUUGUGUCACCUAAUUUUUGUGGUCGAUUUAGCUAAGUUAAAUGAUUGUUUUUACCCCAGAUGUAAUAAUAAGGAAGGAAUAAUCAUGUCAAAUAGCCAUCCCCGCAUUUUGUCAUGAGGCGGAAGUUCCACCUACAUAAAAUCCGUUCAUUUAAUCACAGAUACAAUACAUCUAAUGGAAACAGUAUGCCGCUUUCAUGCCAGAAACAGCCGUGUUGAAUGAAUGCAGAAGAUGUCAAGAAAGCGCUAAAGAGUCAGAAUGCCACGAGGAAAAGGGAAACCGUCUCAAGGUAUGUUAUCUGAAGCGCUUGUCAUACGGGGAGCAGAAAGAUCUGUGUUCUUCUUUUCGCGUUUUGUUACUAAGCUACAGACUGUAUAUGUUGUUGUUUUGAUAUUUAGUAGACAGGCAAAUGAGAAAGAACUCGCUGGUAAUAGCAUGAUGAAGGCAGUCAUGAAGGAGUGAAUUAAUCUUUAAAAUAACAAUGUGCCAUCCCAGUUUAUAUUUACUUUAGACCACACAAUAGUUAAAAAGGGGUCAUUAUAACUUUAUUUUGGGCUAGAAUGGAUUAAUUACAUUUGCGUUUAUUUCAAUGAGAAAUAUUACUGUACCUGGAUUUAUGAAUAUUUCAAGGUAGAAAUGUGCUCACCAAACCAAUGAAGAUGGUAACUAGAGGUUUCACUGUACAUAUAUUUCCAAAUGUUUUUACUUGAUUUGAAGUAUUUUUAUUCCUUCAAGGAAAGUAACGUGGUGAACACUCUCUUGACCAGCCGCCACUGUUAAGGGCAGUCAUAUGUUACUUGUCCCUUUGCGUCAGUUUGAAAUGAUCGGGUUCUGGAAGUGAGACGUGAAUUCAAAUUCGACUUGAGUGACCAAAAACACGAUGGUUCGUGAUCCAAUUUGCUUUUUUUCAAGUUUGACAUGAUCACUCUUUAACAACUGAGGUACAUGAAACUCACGGUCAUUGUCGUGAAUGAUUUGGAAAUUUUUGACAGAGGCCUGAGUGACUCUGCCGUGGAAGUUGAGCACAUACGAUUGUGUAUCAUCAUUCCAAACUGGAGUUUUGUUAUGAAGUUCAAUCACACUCUCUGUGUUCUUGUUCUGCCACCUUGCCAGCAAUGACUCAUGGUCCUACAGUAGAAAAAGAAAACAACGGAGGUCAGUCAUAACGGUCUGCCCAAUAUGUCAACAUGUAUGUUUUAGACGUUGAACUGAUCAGCCCAGUGGCUCCUGAAAUACAUACAUUUCGUGGCCGAAUUGACACUCUCUCAUGGUCCAUAUUCAUUCCCGGGAUGAUAACGCUCAUUUUACGAGGUCCCUUGAAUCCCAAGACAUUGGUUUCCUUGGUUUGAAAGAUCAAAAUGUAGAAAGCAUUAUGACAACAUAUCAUCUAAAAUCUGUGUGAAUUAAAAAUACUUUCUUUGUAUGGCAUUGCAACACACCUUGAUAACUUCCUCUGUCAGGUGAAAAAAGUGUUAUUUUAAUGGCUUGUUGAUGGUGAGGCUACAUUUUCACCGUGGUCCCAGUGGUCAAAAUAGCCUCAUUUGUCUGAAAUGUACUGUUUGUGGGAUUUUGCCCGUUACUUUUCUCAUCAUUCAAUGUUUAUGGCCCGGAUAAAGUCAAAUGAAGCUACCUUGCUGGGCCAAUAAAUGUAUGACAACCUUCAUUUUGUGGCAAUAACCACUUCACUAAUCCAUCACUUGUUCUCAAACAUGGUGUUAACAUACACCCUGCAGUGUCCUUAUUGUCAGAUAACUCACUCACUCACUCACUCACUCACUCACUCACUCACUCACUCACUCACUCACUCACUCACUCACUCACUCACUCACUCACACAUUCACCAUUUUAAGUAUGUAGGCGGCGAGCGUGAAACGCCAGCAGUAAUUGCUUGCCGUCACACGACAGACUACCUCCAAGUUUUGAUAUGCAUGAUUAUGCACUGUCAGGCUUCGUCACAUUCACCGUUUUACCGCAGCAAAUGUUUUAACAUUUUAACCGUUUCACUCACUCUGUAAUCUGACAUGAUAAACUGUCCACUGUAGUAACCGCUGUCCCUUAAAGGGUUUAAAAUCACACUUGGCCUCUACUGCAAUAAUGACUGGACUGACGUUCGCCCAUCUUGCGCCCCCGUGUUGGCUUACAACCAUCAAAUUCCGGCCGCAGUGGCCUAAAACGGGGCUGCCGUGGCUAAUAUAGUACCCUUAGUUCAUCAGCAGACACGCAAAACAAUCUUCACUUCUUAAUGGACAGUUGUCGGAGAAGUUGAAGAAGAACCUGACACAUUUUGAAGAUCUGCAUUCUUGCUAUUUGAGUUACUAUUCGAUGUUUCACACAACCCUAGGCACCUUAUAAAAUACUUGUUCCAUUUUCAUUGGCAUCUCUCUGUUCUCUACCGAAUACCAUUGUAAUUGUCCAACCUUUUCAAAUAAAAUACUCGAGAUAAAUGGAACCUGAAAGGAACUCACAGUGCCUCGGAAGGAUAAAAAGAUAAGACAAACGGAACUCACAUAGCAAAUGGCCGCGAGCUCCUGGCGCAUAUUGCAGUCUUCAAGGCUGCUCGUGGUCUUCAUAGGGUUCAGGCCACUGUCAUAUACAGUGAACUUGGUGCCCAUGAGGUUUGACCUGCAAUGCAUUUCAACAAGUACGUUCCUUACUGCUUCUUUAACGCAAGGGAAAUUCAUUUUAUCUGAAGCGUUGAAGACCUUUGCACGCCAUCAACAAGAGUCUUAAGAUUCCCCAUAACGCUUGUCACUUCGUUCAAUGCUUGCACCAUCAAUAGCAGGCAUGUUUAUUCAUAUUCCUUGUACAGGAAUGCAUAGAGCAGCGCAAUAUCACACAAGAAAUACAUUCAUCAUCAUGAUGAUGGCAUUGCGCAUGAUGACACAAAGUGCUUUAUUCAAAGCAUUCAGAUUGAAUGGCUACAAAGAGGGAUGUAUAUUUAUAUGCACUGUUGGGGUGAAGUGACUGUUGCCAUGACUGAGGUUUUGACGCGCCACUUUGAAAAGGGCAGAAUGUGAAAACGUAAAAUGGAAUGAAUGACCUUUAACCCAACUGAUCUGGAUAAGCAUGAUUGUGAAUAGAAUAGAAUGCAGAACCAUCAGAAGAACUUCCACCUGCAAUUCCUGAUGGCUUUGUAACUAGCAUUCUUUGUGACUAGCAAAGACAAGUUCCUCCAGCCUGAGGUAAGUUUAUGAUUAUGCAACGCUUGUGCAUAAAUGACUAGAAAGCAGUUCUGUGACAGCAUGACAAUCUUAUUUCAAAUGAAAUGUCAUAAUGGUUAUAUGAAGGAAGGGAAUGACAUUAUGUGAUAUCACAGUAUUUUGGGGGCGGAGCCAAAUUAGUUGUCAUUGCUACGGUGCGAAAACCUCCUUCCGAGGCAUCAGUCAGACUUAUCUGACCUCAAAUUCAAGCAUUUUGUUGUUGGUUAUCCUCCACAGAAUGUAAACACGUGCAUUUCUAUUAAUGUUAACUCUGGAAGCAUGACAAUCAUUUAAAUCCUCAAAUGUGUUAAAGACAGCCGAAAGCUUUCUGCAAAUGUAUUAGUCAAUUAGUGCUUGCAAUUUCUCGUUAUUUUAGCCCAAUGGAUGGACAAGGGGACGGAGACCACAAUGGUCCGAAUCGUAAGUACCCGAUAAACAGGAUUUAUAUUUCCGUUUGGUGUCCAUUGUCACCCACAGGCUUUAAUUGUCUUCCAGGCCACCAUAUUCACAUUCCAACAGAAGAUCAACCACCGAAUGGAGACAAUAAUGACAUGGAAUUUAUCUUCCUCUUGCAUAUUAUCAUAAAUCAUCAUAUGAGAGUCUUCAGACAAAACCAAAUUGGCUUUGUCAAUGAAAACAUUGUAAAUGUCCACAUUGAAAAUCACGCUGAUCACAUUAACCAUAUCAUUGAAGAGAAUGAAGAUGAUUCGGACAGUGAUUUUGCAGCUGAGGUUCAGAUGGUGGUCAGCCAGGAAGAGGACGAGGAAGAAGAAGAAGAACCUCAGCCAGGACCAUCGAGAAAGCGAUCUCGGGAUGACGCCGAACAGGAAGAAGAAAUAAAAACGAGGAAGCGUUCUAGGUGGUGGCACGAGUUUGACAACACUUCUGACAGCAGUUCGGAUUUAGAUAACGAUGAAGAACCUCUACUUGGUAGAUCAGAGGGAAGGUCAACAGAUCAAAUGGAUUCUGAAGAUAUUGAAUCACUUAAAAGUAUCCAUGAACUUGCUAAAAACUCUAGUGACCUGGCUAAGGAAGGAGAAGGGUCCAGAGAGAGUGAAGACCCCGGUGGGCAAGAAGCAAAGAAGAAUUUUCUCGCUGGAACUUCAGGGAUGUACUUGAAUGAUAAGGUCGGACACCGGUUUGAGACAAAAGGCAAGAAAUAUUUCCAGUGGUGGCACGGAGUUGAGGACAACAGCUCGGACAGCAGCAGUGACUUAGACGUCGAAGAAAAUCCUCUGCCGCCUGAUUCUGAAACGAAGUCAAGAGAUGACUUGGAAUCAGUCGAAGAAGAUAGAGAGAACGAUUUAACAUUGCAGGAUGACGUCUCACCGAUGCCUAAUUGUGUCCAUCAGCUCACACGGAGCAUGAAAGAUACUGAUCUAAUUGAGGAGGGACACACUUCCGUGGAAGACAUAAGUUGUGGUGCUCAGGAGACGGAAGAGCAUCCAGGACCGGGACCAUCAAAGAUGAGUUGAGGUUUGACAUUACUUUGUCAGGAUGGUUUGACGAUAAAAGAUCAAAUAGAAGCACAGACUUCGUUUUAAAAAAGUAAAUAAAAAUACCCUCUGCUUGAUGGAUCUUGGAAAAGCUCAGAGAAUCUAGAAGAUGAAACAUGCCAAUGAAUAUGAAGUGGCCGUCUUGCUCCCAGCUCUCUGUAAAUCAUCAUGCUCGAGGGGAGGGCCUCCACGGAGAGGAAAAAAGGUUUGGGUGAGCGCGAAGCAAUGGAUGACCUGCGGCCGACAGAGGUGGACAGAAAGCAAUGGCAAAGGAAGACAGAAAGCCGAUGAGGAGUUUCACUGCUGAAUGACACUCAAACGGCAUGAUCAAGACGCUAGGGUAGAAUUGUGUCAGAGAGAUGAGCUCACACUGGCACUCAUAUCAUUUCAGGUUAAAAGAGGCCACACCUCGUCACACUCAGUUCUGUAUGGCAAAGCGUUGGGCUAUGACUGACAGACAAUGUGGACAGUUGUGUUCAGGCCUUGACCUUAAUAUAUUUUGGAUCAAUGUUUUACAUGUCAGUUACCUGUGCAGCAAUCUAAUCAAUAGAAAAUGGUUACUCACAUUUUUUUGUGAUUUUAAAUGUAGCCCUUUAUUGGGCAGCAACCCAUAGUUAGUAAACUGAAUGGGAUGUUCAAAAUAAAUCCUGCACACUUCACAAUGAGGCAGAAUGAUUUCAGUGAUGACCUAUGCUGUAAAAAAAUAUAUAUGACAUAGGAAGAAUAUAUAAUUAUCACAGAAAAAAUCUGCAAAAUUGGUCUUAAUUUUAAUGUACUUGUACUACAAACACUGUUUGAUAUUUGGAAUUUGCUAUAUUUUCUCUCAGGUUAAUUACGUUGGUUGUCAAUUAAAUCACCAACUUCUGCAUCUUUAUCUCAAUAACACUUAGUCAAAAAAUGUCAAAUAAUUAUAUUUAUUUAUUUAUUGAUUUUGUGGGUGUUUGUUUCGUCGCCCAAAACUGGAUAAUCUCCGCUUUAAUGCGGUUUCAGCCAGACUUCUGCAAAAAGUGUACUUGACCAUCAAAGCAUGAAAUUCCAGUGUUUCACAAUUACACAUCAAUCUUGGGUUAGUUUAGCAAUUAGCAUGGCUUCUCCGUCUUUCCCCAACAUCCUUUAGUGAGAACCGUGGUUGUCAGAAGUGUAGCAUAUUCGCCAUCACAGAGGCAGUGAUUACUGACUCAGGGGUGAAUCAGCAAGUUACUUUGUAACUAGAGAGUCGUAAGUUUCGACUUCCCUCGUGCAUGCCUCAACUACGGUACGUCCCAGCCUAGAUAAUGCAAGCGCAUUGCGUCUCAUCCACAUGCGUCCAGCCCAGCAAAGCUCUUUGGGAUCCGUGAGUGCGAUUUGUAAAAAUUAUAUAAUGUGUUGAAAAUGGCUUGCUUUCUUUGACGAUGCAAUGUUAAUUUUUGAACAAGCAUGCCGUUUUUUGUGGUCUCCUGAAAAGUGAGUAUUUUGGACAUGGAUUUUACCCGACAUCAACCAUAUGGAUAUUGAGAAACGGCACCCUGAAAAGAUGAAUUGUCUGCUAAAAAUGAUGAAAUAGGACUACAAUGCUGCUUGAUGAAAUGCUACAUAGGAUGUGAGGAAAAGUGGUCCGGAAACUGGAUGGAUGGGUGGAUGGAUGGAUGGCUUGUGACUCCAUAUCAACAUAUAGGAUAAGGCUUUAAUACGUCAUGGCAUCAUGACAUCAUGACAUCAUGGUUGGACCGCUCCUGGAUUUUGUUAUUUUAAUUGAAUCAUGAACAGUGGGUGAAUGAAAAUGUACAUAAAGCGUUCAAAUGCCAGAUUAUUUUUGUAUAAAAAUAAUGAAACCAAGAUAAAUCAUGUCCAGUUUUGUACACUAUUAAUGUGUAGAAAAAAUGUGAGAGAGGGAGUAGAAAUAACAAGUGAGAUCAUCAGAUUCAACCUCAUCUGCCACCAUUGAAAA